AGUUUGUAGAGGACAAGGUGUGCGUGUUUAAAAAAAAUUUGAGGGACGAUUGAUGGUUACGUGAAAAAGAGACCUUGGGUGUCAGAUUCUCCUGCUAUUUUCAAAGCUUACCGGGAAAGCGUGGACAUCAUAACCUAUCGUGGAAUUAUCGGAGACCAAAGGGCACGAAGAGCCGGCGAGGAUGGCCAUGGGCGAUGACUUUAACUUUGCCGAGCUCUGUAGGCUCUGCUCCCUAAAGAGCAGCCAUCAGAUGCAGAUUUUCGACAAAGAAGCCGAGCAGAGGCAGCUAUUAUUCAAAAUACGCUCGUGCAUACCGGCAGUGAUAACAAAAGAGGACGCAUUACCAAAAAAUAUUUGCCAGAGGUGUAUAUACAAAUUGGACAUGUUUUACGAAUUCCGCGUGAGCUGUAUGACAACUGACACGGUUUUGAAAAAUUAUGCAGAUAGUAUUAAACAACUUGCCGCUGUCACACAGAACGACAAAGACAAAAUGUCGAAUGGUCAGCACCACCAGCGUUCAGCUUACGUGGAGGCACACGCAGUGGCACACGCAGCAGUUCAACAGCACAUGGCCCAGCAGGCAGCCCAGGCGCGACUGCUAGCUGGCCCAGUACCUAGUGCUGCGCCCCAGCCGCCCAACCCGACCUUCACUCUGCCCGACGACGGUCUUGGUUACGACGACGGAGUGCGCGUACUGCGUUCCAUUGGCACGUGGUCUCCAGACUACUCGUCAGCCAUGCGACCGGGUACUAUGAUGCCAGCUUUUCCAGGUACCGCGGAGCCGCAGUUCAACACAAAUGGUCGAGCCCCGACGACGGCGGCAGUGAACCAACAGCCUUUACGGAACACAAAUGCGUCCAGCAGUAUAAGGCCAGGCUCGGUGUCCAAGGCGACCAAUACCGGUGAGCCAACGACUAAAGCCUUUGCCUGUACAGUAUGUGGCAAGGGCCUAGCGCGCAAGGACAAACUCGUCAUCCACAUGCGGAUACACACCGGUGAAAAGCCCUACUCUUGCGAAGUCUGUGGAAAAGCGUUCGCAAGAAGGGACAAGCUAGUAAUUCAUAUGAAUAAGCUGCGACACAGACCUGGAGUCACGGCUUUGUCAACGCCCACUGGCUCAAAUUUGCACAACGAACAGCAGCAACAACAACAACAGCAACAAACGCAACAGCAACAGCAGCAGCAACAGCAACAGCGUCCUGAUAGUACGCAGAAGCCAAAAGAAGAACCAAUCAGUUGGUCGUGUGAGUUGUGUGGACGAGGGCUGGCUACGAGGGAAGAAUGGGCUCAGCACGCGAGGUCGCACCGAGAAGCCACCGGCCCACCACAGCACGCAGCUGCCUAUUUUCCUGGGUCAGUUCCUCCGCCACAGCCGUACCCAGCCGAAAGGCAUCACUGUAUGAUGUGUCGUACCGAUUUCACCGACAAGACCGAGUUUAUUCUGCACGUGCGCUCGCACUUCGACCCCCAUACUCAGCAGGCUGCCGUGGCUGCAGCUGCGGCCGCAGCCGCGGCGAGUGGAAAACAGGACCCAGCCACUGCCGAACUGAUCGCUCGCGGUCUCGUCGAUCCCUCGGGCCUCUGCAGCUAGAACUUUCGUACUGGCUACGGCUCCCUACAGUCUCUACGUGUCAUUCUGUAAUUGGUGAAGUGAGUAAGAGGCUUUUAAGUGGGUUUUUUCGUGUCUGCGUGGCUGUGUGUGGAUAUUAUUAUGAGGAUACAAAAAAUCUAAGGAGCUGGAAUUAACAUUGUCUUUUCAUUGGUUGUUUAAUUUUUUUAUGAUUGUGCUGACUUCUAAUUUGAAAAUACGAUAUGUAGUAUUUUAAUUAGAACAGUAUUCAGAGCGAUUUUUUUUUUUUUAAUAAUUACGAAAAUUGAAUAUAAGUAGCCUUUUUUUAUUGUGUCACUGCAAUGCGAAUUGGGCACGUAUAAAAAAUUAAAGGCAAAUAUUCAUUUAAGGGUAUAAAUAAAAAAUAUAACAAAAAUAUCUGAUCAUACCGACUCAAUAAAAAAAGGAUUGUGAACUAUGUCUCGGUAAUCCAGAUGGAUGAACCCAAAAAUUGUUCGCUUUUUGUGAUUGUAAUUAUUACUUUGCUAUCGUUGAUCAUUAUAGUUGGAGAUCAUAAAUCGAACGAUAUAAAAAUGUAAGCAUUUUUCAAGUUUGUAUUUUAAUUUUUGUAAAAUAAAAUUGUCAGUGUAAGUUGUUUUUACAAAAAUAUCCAGUAUUGCAUAUCGCAAAAUUGUUCGUUAAUUGUUUAGUUUGAAGUUUACAGAUAUUUUAAAUGUUAAUUGAAAAAUGUAUUUAAGUUUAUUAGUUCCGAUUUUGAAGUAACGAAUAUUUAGAGUUGUAUAGUUACAAAAAUUCAUGAAAAAUUCUGCAGUCUUAUCUAAUUACGUUAAGUAGUGUAAUAUAUUAGAAUAGAAAUUUUUUUACAAUAGAUAGGUGGAUGAACAGCUGCAGAUAAUCUGAUUUGAUUUAUUUAUUUUAUUUUUUUUUAAUGAUGUAUGAUAGUUGGUGAUUACUUUAAAUUUAUUGUUCCUACCAGAAUACACGUUCUUAGAUAAGAUAAAUAUUUCAAAAAAAUAUUUUUUGAAUUAUAGCUUGAGUAUAAAAAUACAAAAAUAAUUUGAAAUCAUUUUUUGUUUUAUUUAUGUAUGAUAUAAAAUAAACCUUCUGCGAAUUGAUUUUUAGGCAUAACAUAACUUGUGCCUCCAUUCUUGUAUAAGAAUUUUCAAGUGUUGUAGUUCUUGAAAACAAUAUUUUAUUUAUGUUUCAUAUUUAUUAAUGAUCAACAAAAACAAUACAUUCAACGUAGCAAAACCAACAGUAACAGUAAAGUAUGCUUUUAUUACACAAACAUAAUACUGUAAUUCAAGCCAACGCGCGCAGUCACAGAAAAAAAUGUUUGGUGUAACGAUGUAUUGAAACUACUACGGAGGCUCAAUUAUAUUGUAAAGUCGAGAACAGAUUAAGAUGUAAGGAAACGAAACAGGCGGUGCAAUGCGAUCUGUAUAAAGUUGAGUAAAAAAUGCAUUUCCGAAAUAAAUAAAUGUACAUAUAUACCUAUGUUUCAAAGAAUGUGGUGCCUUCUGCUUAAGGACUUCAUUUUUGCCACGUAUUUGGGAGGCACACUAUCUUUGAGUUGACAAAAUAAUGUUUAUAAGUUUUUUAUAGAUCUAAAGUCGUAGUUGAUCAUUGUAUUAUUAUUAUUUUUUUUUUUAGUUUUGUUUUCUACUGUCGUAAGUAAAUAUUAUGAAUAAGAGUAAACUAUUCAUUAAGUGACUUUUUUGUACUGUUACAGUCCCAUAAAAUGACAAUUGAGUCAGUGAGUUACUGCCAUAAUCAUAAAACAAA